AUGGGGAAGAAGAGUCGCAAAGGCGGUGCAAAAGGCCAAGUACCCUCUUCCAGAAACAAUAAAAAAGUUCAUUUGAAAAAUAAGACGCAGCACAUUAUCAUCACACCAAGAUCAACGCAAAGUCAACAACAGACCAAUGGAAAAAAGCAUCUGAAGAGAAAAUCCAAAGUUUUGACACCUGCUGAGCGUCUUGCUGAGAUGCGACGCAAAAUUGACGGCGGAAAGUUCCGUAUGCUCAACGAACAGCUGUAUACAACUACAGGAGACGAUGCUUUCUCUACGUUCCAGGACGAUCCAGAGCUUUUUGACGUAUAUCAUCAAGGCUUUCGAGAGAUGGCAGACAAGUGGCCGACCAAUCCCCUUGACAAUUUCAUUGAUUACGUCAAACGUUAUCCGAAGGCAGUUGUGGCAGAUUUCGGCUGUGGAGAUGCAAGGUUGUCAGAAAGUGUGCCGAACAAGGUGCACUCGUUCGAUUUAGUAUCUUGUAAACCACAUGUGACAGCGUGCAAUAUUGCUGAUGUGCCCUUAAAAGAUAGCAGCGUCGACAUUGGCGUGUACUGUUUAGCGCUUAUGGGGACAAGUGUACGCGAGUAUAUACGUGAAGUACAUCGUGUGCUCAAGCCUGGAGGCAUAUUGAUGGUUGCCGAGGUCAAGAGCCGCUUUGAGAGUGAGACGCUUGGCGGGAUUGAUGGAUUCGUGCAGACGCUGCGCAAAAUGGGCUUUGAUUGCAAACACAAGGACGAGCGCAACAAGAUGUUUGUGCUCUUUGAUUUUGUCAAGUCAUCGCGCAAAUCGCAGAACGUAAGGCCAAUUGAAUUCAAAGCUUGCGAAUACAAACGACGGUAG